AUGUCCGACGUCUUUGGCCGCCGCCCGGUCUUCAUCAUGACAUUCGGCCUGUACACCGCAGCCAGCCUAGGGCUUGCCCUCUCUACAGGCAGAUACACAGCGCUGCUCCUCCUCCGUGCGACGCAAAGCAUCGGGGGCUCUGCGGCGCUGAGCCUCGCAUAUGGCGUCGUCGCCGACCUUGUCACCUCCGCAGAUAGAGGGAGCAUGCUGGGCCCGAUGCUGGCGAGCGGGAACUUGGGGCCUUGCAUUGGCCCUAUCAUUGGCGGUGGGGCGGUGAUGACAAACCAUCCGGUUUGGAGGACCAUCGUGGGUAAUGGGUCUGUGCCAGUUCUGGAAGUAUGGAGACCUUGGUGGAGUCUCAUGGUCGACUGGCGGAGGGAAAGGAGACUCGGUGUCAAGGAUUCUGAGGAAGGGAGAAAAUUACCGGGCAGUGUUGAGGACAGCUUUGACGACACAAGUCCAAACAACCUGACUAGCGCCAAGGAUGGAAGGAAGAAAACAGAAGGAUACAUAAUCGAGGACCCCAACAAGACUGCCACCGGAAAAGGGAAGUUGGUGGUUCCAAACCCAUUUAAUUCCCUCCGUCUCGUUUUCUAUUGGGUCACAUUCCUUGCUCUCUGGCUUGCAGCUAGCCCAUACGCCGUCUGGUACCUCAUCCAGGCCUCGAUUCCCGUCAUCUACGGACAAGACCCAGGCGGUUAUGGCUUCAGAGAUAUUUACCUUGGCCUAUGUUACCUGGCCGGCGGCUCACGCGUCAUCGCAGGGGGCUUCAUAGGCGGAUGGAUGAUGGACAGGAACUACAAGCAUGUGGCACAAAAGGCCGGCUUCUCCACGAAUAAGACUGACAACCACAACAUCCACAGUUUCCCCAUCGAAGAGGCACGAAGCCGCUUCUCGCUGCUCAUCCUGGCGUUUUCGGCUUGCGUCCUGGUCGGCUUUGCCUGGGCCGUACAACUCAAGGCACACCCUGCUGUGCCAUUGAUUGUUCAGUUCUACGUUGGUGCAAAGUGUACUGUCCUGCACCAGGUAUACAGUGCUCUACUGGUGGACAUAUUCCCCGAGAAGCCCAGCACAAUCGCUGCGAGUGCCAACAUCAUGCGGUGUGCAUUGUCUGCUGCUGUGAUUGCUGUUUUCAACCCACUGGUGAACGCCAUGGGAAGAGGAUGGUUCUUUACCAUGGUUGCUUUCCUGGAUGGGGCUUUGUGCAUAGUUUGUGUUGCUGUCUUGAGGCGUUGGGGUAAGUACUGGAAGGACAAGAGGAGAAUGACUGUAUGA